UCGCCUCUGGCAGUUUCUUUUUUAAAAGGCAAGCUCAAAGCCACAGAUUAUACAUUCUGCUCACAAACCGUGCGGGAAGCAUAACCUACGGAGAUAGCAGGGACAAGGGGAAUUAGGUUUUUCUUCCUUCUCAUUUGGAGACGAGGGCUAUUGCGCGUAAACGGCACCGGGCAUCCCUGAAGGAAGGAAUCUAUAGUGUCGGGAUAUUUUGAUUCAUUUUCAAUUUCUUUUGACUUUGCACAGUGAGGAAGAGAAGGAGGCAGCGGACAGUCUUUGCUGUGGAUUGCAAGCAUCGGAUGCGGUGAUACUGAGGACUUGAGUGCGCAAGGCACCUGUGGAUGCAACAGAAAAGCCCCUGAUGUGUGGACUCAAAGCCUUUGCAAAGAAAGGAUUGAGCACAAGAUUUAGUUGAUAAUCGUUGCGGUUUCGGUAAAGCGCCCUCUAAUCUCCAUCAUGCUGCUGAGUUUUUCUCUCCUGGUGAUUCCCCUGCUGAGCAUUACCGGCUGCGGCUCGUCGUACGUGCCGUGCGAGCCGUGCGAUCAGAAGGCCCUGUCCAUGUGUCCGCCGGUGCCGGUGGGCUGUCAGCUGGUGAAGGAGCCGGGCUGCGGCUGCUGCCUGACGUGCGCGCUCGACGAGGGCCAGCCCUGCGGCGUGUACACCGGGCCGUGCACGCGCGGGCUCCGCUGCCUGCCGAAGAACGGGGAGGAGAAGCCGCUGCACGCGCUCCUGCACGGCCGCGGGGUGUGCACGAACGAGAAGUUGUAUAAACUGCUGCACCCGUCGCAGGAUGGUGAAUCUCCUGACGACAUCAUGUUACCAGUUCCAGAGUCAAUACUGCCCCAAACCAAGGUGCCCAUCUAUGGAAGAGACCACAUCAGCAGCAAGAAGGUCCACGCCAUGAAGCAGGCCAAGGACCGCAAGAAGCAGCUGGCCCGGCUGAGGCCCACCAGCAACCUGGACUACUCACCACUCACCCCGGAUAAGCUACAGCCCGAGUUUGGGCCCUGCAGGAGAAGACUGGAUAAUCUGAUUCAGAGCAUGAAGGACACGUCUCAGGUCUUUGCUCUCACUCUGUACGUCCCCAAUUGUGACAAGAAGGGCUUCUUCAAGCGCAAGCAGUGUAAGCCGUCCCGCGGUCGGAAGAGAGGGAUCUGCUGGUGCGUCGACCGGUUCGGGGUCCGACUCCCUGGUAUUGACUACAGCGGGGGAGACCUGCAGUGCAAAGAGCUGGACAGCAACAGCAACAGCAACAGCAACACCAACGAAUGAGCGCGAGCACGGCACGUGGUCGCGUCUACCGAGCCCUCUUCACUUUCCAACCUGCCAAUCAAGCUAGCACAAUUAAUGACUGCCAAUCAGGAACAUAUGGCACAAACGCUUACACACGUGGUCAGGUGUGAUGGACUGCAUUAUUUUCAUGGGGAGCCAGACUGAAAAGCUCGCCGGAAGCCUCUUCUGGUGUUGACGUAACACAAUAGACGACGACAUACUGUAGAUUGGCUUUCCAUUCAUUUCCAAUCAACAGACAUUUUGCCUUUCUUCAAAAUGUGCAGGUGUAGGUCAACUUCUUAACUCUGGCUCCCCAUUGACUAUGUACACAUGUUGGAGGUGAACUAAUGCCUCAUCUCUAUAUUUCCAUAGAUGAUAGAAAAAAAUUCUAUAUAUAUAUAUAUUUGUAUGUGAUAUUGAUAACAUGUUGUGUAUUGAGUCAGAGUGGCAAGUUAUAUAUUGGUAAAUUUACUCUGAAAUUCUGAGAAAUGUUGUAAAUGUGGCUAAACAUCAGAGUGAUCUCUUUUUUUUUUUUUUUUUGUCAUAGCGAUGAGAGGACGUAUGAAAGGCCCGUCUGAAGGCGGGCGACGGAGAUGGCUCGGCUCGCUUCUGUCUAAACCGUUGUCCUUUGCAGUGCAAUUAGCCGUAAUUGUAGCUCAUUUCUCCGCCGCUCCCAGAUGAGCCCUGUGCGUUAGUUCUUCUCAAAGCUGGAGAUGUUCUCUAAUAAAGCAGAUUGUAUCCGAGGCUGUGGAGCUUUCAAAUUCCUCCCAAGAGGAAUCCCUCACUAUCUGACGGUGAUUUUCAGGCCUCAUCGUCCGUCCCUCGGCCUCACUCUUAUGGCAAUAGUGGGAUUUCUUCAAUCAUAACAAGAAGUCAGUGGGAGAUGUUGCUGCUUAUUGAGCCCCUGGUUCAUGCAGACCCAUAACACUGCUAUGAAUGAACAAUUAGGACAAAACACA